CACGUGACUCACUGCAGACCAGUUAAAAGAGACGCCUCCUAGCCUCUUACUGCUGGUUCGGGCCGCUCCCUUCUCGAAUAGCUGCGCCAUGUGUGCUGCUCGGCUAGCGGCGGCCGCUCAGUCGGUAUAUGCCUUUUCCGCGCGUCCGCUGGCCGGCGGGGAGCCUGUGAGCCUGGGUUCCUUGCGGGGCAAGGUGCUGCUUAUCGAGAAUGUGGCGUCCCUCUGAGGCACCACGGUCCGGGACUACACCCAGAUGAACGAGCUGCAGCGGCGCCUCGGGCCCCGGGGCCUGGUGGUGCUCGGCUUCCCGUGCAACCAGUUUGGACAUCAGGAGAAUGCCAAGAACGAAGAGAUUUUGAAUUCCCUCAAGUACGUCCGACCUGGUGGUGGGUUCGAGCCCAACUUCAUGCUCUUCGAGAAGUGCGAGGUGAACGGUGCGGGGUCGCACCCUCUCUUCGCCUUCCUGCGGGAGGCCCUGCCAGCGCCCAGCGACGAUGCCACUGCGCUCAUGACCGACCCCAAGCUCAUCACCUGGUCUCCGGUAUGCCGAAACGAUGUUGCAUGGAACUUUGAGAAGUUCCUGGUGGGCCCUGACGGUGUUCCUGUGCGCAGGUACAGCCGUCGCUUCCAGACUAUUGACAUCGAGCCUGACAUCGAAGCCCUGCUGUCCCAAGGGCCCAGCUGUGCCUAGGGCGCCCCUCCUACCCCGGCUGCCUGGCAGUUGCAGCGCUGCUCUCUGGGGGAUUUUCAUCUAUGAGGGUGUUUCCUCUAAACCUACAAGGCGGAACACCUGAUCUUCCAGAAAAUACCCUCUAGAGAAUUGGCACUGGUCCUGUCCAUCCCAGUCUCCCUGCCAGACCAAGGCGAGUUUCCCCACUAAUAAAGUGCCAGGUGUUAGCAGAA